AUGGCGCAAUGCUGGUCCAGAGACUCGAAAAAAAUGUUUUCAGUGUUUGACGAAUCCGGGAUAUUUAUUGCAGUGUGCCGUCAUAGAUUUGUCAUUCUAGCUUGCGACAUGAUAUGGAGCGGAGAAUUAGCAAAAUACCUGCUAGCCAUAAUUGACAAGCUCCUCGCCAUAUACAGGAAAAAAGGUGGCUGUGCUUAUGAUAUUGGAUGCGCAUUUUCAAAGACACUGACCAACAGUUCUUUGGGUAUGCGAGCGUGCAAGUUAGACUUUCAUCUCAUGGUGGGCACGUUCCACGGACAUGCCCAUAACCAUAAGUGCCAGCUAGACUGGCAUCCCAUGUACAUCCCCGGAACCGGACACACUGAGGGUGAAGGGUGUGAGCAUAUCUUCUCGUCAUCAAACGAGCUUCCUCGUAGUAUGAGACACGCAAGUCUAUUCCACCGGCGUCAGACUAUCGAGGAACAUUUCUCAUUCUGGGACACCGACAAGUAUGCAACCCUUAGUGAGUAA